CGGUAUGCGUUCCUCAAAGCCUCCUUCCACCGCAGGUGGGAGACCACAAAUUCAGCGCCCACCGGAUUGUCCUGGCCGCCUCCAUCCCUUACUUCCACGCCAUGUUCACCAACGACAUGAUGGAAUGCAAGCAAGAUGAGAUUGUCAUGCAGGGCCUGGAUCCGAGUGCCCUGGAAGCACUGAUCAACUUUGCCUACAAUGGACAUUUGGCCAUCGACCAGCAGAAUGUCCAGUCCUUGCUGAUGGGUGCCAGCUUUCUGCAGCUGCAGAACAUCAAGGAUGCCUGCUGCUCUUUCCUCAGAGAGAGGCUCCACCCAAAGAACUGCCUGGGGGUGCGCCAGUUUGCCGAAACCAUGAUGUGCGCUGUACUCUACGACGCUGCCAACAGCUUCAUUCACCAGCACUUCGUGGAGGUCUCCAUGUCGGAGGAGUUUCUGGCCUUGUCCUUUGAGGACGUCGCGGAGCUGGUUGCGCGGGACGAGCUCAACGUCAAGUUAGAGGAGCAGGUCUUUGAAGCUGCCAUGGCCUGGAUGAGGUACGACCGCGAGCACCGAGAGCACUACUUGCCGGAGCUCCUCUCCAAAAUCCGCCUGCCGCUCUGCCGGCCCCAGUUCCUGGCCGACCGCGUGCAACAGGACGACCUGGUCCGCUCUUGCCACAAGUGCAGGGAUCUGGUGGACGAAGCAAAAGACUAUCAUCUCAUGCCGGAGCGCCAACCGCACCUCCCGGCUUUCAAAACCCGCCCCCGUUGCUGUACCUCCAUCGCAGGCCUGAUCUAUGCCGUGGGAGGCCUCAACUCAGCAGCGAAUUUCUACGCAGGCGACUCGCUGAACGUGGUGGAGGUCUUCGACCCCAUUGCCAACCGCUGGGAGAAGUGCCAGCCAAUGAUGACGGCCCGGAGCCGGGUGGGCGUCGCCGUGCUGAACGGACUCUUGUACGCCAUCGGGGGAUACGACGGUCAGUUGAGACUGAGCACGGUGGAAGUCUACAACCCGGACACAGAUUCGUGGUCCAAAGUGGCAAGCAUGAACAGCAAACGAAGGUUUGUGUGUGUGUGUGUGUGUGUGGUGGAGUACUACAACCACCACACGGCUUCGUGGCACAGCGUGGCCAGCAUGCUCAACAAGCGCUGCCGGCACGGGGCAGCCUCCCUCGGCAGCAAGAUGUUCGUCUGCGGCGGCUACGACGGCUCCGGCUUCCUGAGCAUCGCAGAGGUCUACAACUCCAUGGCGGACCAGUGGUACCUGAUUGUGCCCAUGAACACCCGGCGCAGCCGCGUCUCCCUCGUCACAAACUGUGGCCGCCUGUACGCCGUGGGAGGCUAUGACGGACAGUCCAACUUGAGCUCGGUAGAAAUGUACGACCCGGAAACCAAUCGCUGGACGUUCAUGGCCCCGAUGGUGUGCCACGAGGGAGGGGUCGGGGUCGGUUGCAUACCCCUCCUGACCAUCUGACGGGGGGGCGGGGAGGGGCCUGCCUUGAGGUGUGUGUAUGGUAUGCGUUGCAUUGCAUGCAAAAGCAGAACGGCCAGAAGUGAGGCAAACUCCCAUCCCGAGAGGACAAUCUGAAAAGAGACUUGACUUCUACCCAAGAGCGUUACAUCAUUUCAAGGUGCUUGGAACUCUGGUCAUUGGGGGAGGGGGGAACGCACAAAACCGCCCCCUGGUCAGAACCACGCUCCUGCUGCGGUUCUCCAGCCUCUGAAGGAUUUGGAGAUUCUGGCGACACCGAGGACGUCUGUCCGCCUCUUUCUCCAGUGGCUCUGCCAAACUUUCCGGAUCUAUCGGUCCUUCCCUUCUCUGCCUUUGCUGAUGCUGCUUUUGUGGUCCAUUUGUAACUGUUGUCGAGGUGGCAGGUCCGUUACGACUUAUGGAUGUUUUGUACGAGGAAUAGGGCAACUGAGGCUUGCGGUGUUUUGGACUCCGAUUCCCAGCAACCUUAGCUGGGCAUGACCCAAGAUCAGGUAUGAUGGGAGCUGAAGUCCAAAACACUUGGAAGACGAAAGGCGGUCAGUCGGUGAGAUAAGAUGGACCCUCAUGACCUGAUUCGGGCAUUUUUCUUCACAUCUGUUGCUCACACAGGGUCUCCCAGCCCUAUCCUGGUCUCUCGCUUCUGUCCCUGUUACUCGCAGAAGGCCAAGAGUCUGAAGCCGGCUGUCCGCACGAGUUGGGACCCUCUCCCUCUUCAGGCCUCUUGCGUGGCAUGUAUAGGAGAGCACUAGAAGUGGCCACAGUGACCAGUGGGGCUAGAAGGCUCCCCUUUUUCCAUGUGCUUUACCCCCAAACAAUUGUCUGAAAGGGUGGUUGUUCCCCAGAAAGCUGUGGAAGAAAGGAGGAACUUCCUUCUGGGUUGAAAACACGAGAGAGAGAGACAGAGAGAAAGAGAGUGCAGGACAAAGCCACUGCUUUCUGUGAUUUUGUCAUGGAUCCCGGACACCUGGUCCUUCCUUGCUCCCCAAAGAGCGUUCCAUUGCAAUAUGACAUUGAGCCCAAACGUUCCCCACUUGGGAGGAGUGCCUGUGUUUGAGCUGACAAAGGAAGAGCGAAAGCGCAUAGAAAUCCCAGGCGAGGAGAGGUCUGGAUCAGGCAUGGAUCUCCCAUUUGAUCGGGAGCUUCUCUUUGUUUGGAAGAGACACACACCCCCUUCACACACACAGAUACACACACACCCCUUCAGGGGGGUGAAGAACAGGGAGGGCUGCUCUGUCUUGAGAAAUAAGGCCAAGGGGAAAGCAGGGGCUUUAUCCUGUAACCUCACAGACAGGUCGAUGGGGAAAAUUCUGUCUUGGGCUCCACAAAGCCGGGGAUGAGUGCGGUGGGGCCCUCUGGACCUCCCACAGUGUUGUGGCUUGUCCUUUGCGACCCGGUGAGCUGUCCGAAUCAUUCGGACACAAUGUGGUGUGUGCCAGUGACAGGGAUAUUCAUGCCACAAUCUCUUAUGGUCGAGAGAGAAGACGUGGAUUUUCAAGAGAGAGAGAGAGACAAAAACAUGCCCAGGCUAACCUCAGUAUGCCCAAGGAUAUUUUCCCGCAUUGCAGAAUGACUCCCAGGAAGGAGCCUGUAAGCAUCCGUUUUUGCCAGCCAGCAUCCCCUCACAAUCUUGGUUCCCUCUCUCUUUAAAAAAAAGAGAGAGAGAGAGAGAGAGCCCUUCAGACUUUUGCCUAAUACCCACAUCAGCUUGUUUUGGGAUUUGGUCAUGCUUGCUCGAGAGGUAGCUUCCUCUCCUUCCUUCCCCUGUCAAGUUGCCAAAGGUUAAGCUGAGACGAGGCUCCUCUUUUUCCUCCCAAGUGACAUCAUGGAAGCCAAAGGGACUCAUGUCUGUCUCUGGUUAACCAUGUCCGUGUGACCAAGGGAGAGAGAGAGAGCCUUUCCCUCUUCUUGGUUUGAAGAGCUGCCCCAUGGCAGUAUUACAAAAGACCAGGUCAAUUGUUUGGCCAUUCCCUCUUCCCCCCCCCCAAUCUUUCUAGGACUAGGGGGGCCAUGACUCCUUUUGCCACUGAAUAGAUCGAGGGUGCCUGAGAAAAUUCUGGGCAAGUUAAGUGUGACGCAAUGUUGACCUCAAAAUUCGGCUAGGGAGUUAUUCCAGGACAUGCUCAGUCUUCGUCUUAGUUCACCGGUCAGUACACCUGCUAAUUCCCAGGCCAGUUUUGGAUGUGGUCAGUGGGUGGGCUGAAAGCAAGGGAUGUCAUCCUAGGGACGCCAGUGCCCUGGUUAUGUCGGAGGGCUUAGGUUUUGCCAAAGAGAGCCUGGCUUUCCUUCUGCGUAGCCCAUCAAGCGAACACGCUUGCCGUUUCCACAACCUGCCUUCUCCUGGGUGCUCUUUCCUACAAGAGCAGUAGUGUGUGUUUCCGUACUACCGGGGCAGGAGGGGAGACACAACAAGAAAGCAAUCUCGCCUUCAGACGCUAAUGCAAGGGAUGACCAAGUAGGAGCACCAGGAAGGAUUUCCAGCUGUCUUGAUUUGCCUGUCCAUGCAAAUGGCGAAGGUCAGCAACCACUGUUAAUGUGAACUCAUGCGUUCCACACAAAGCAUUGUGUGUGGGUUGGUGACACCUUGAGGCAGAGGAAAGAGCAGGCAGGUCCCUGUUCUCCAAAUUCUUUGAAAGGAACUCGUUCUUUAUCGGAUCAGUAAUUCUUUCCCUUUUGUGAAUGUGGUUUUGUCUUCAAAUGUGUGCACCCUUCCGACCUUGUUCUUCCGUGAGUCUUGCUUUGAAGUCCUCAUUGGGUGGUGGUUACAUGGGAUGUGAAGUCACAUGCAGAAUUACAGUCCUGUGCAUUCAAACACUAAUUGUUCCUGAACCCCAGGUGAAUCCAUCGGGGAACGGUAGAUUUGCACGGGAAUCCAAAGAUCUUCUGGUCCAUCUCCUCCGGAAGCAGGAAGCCCACCUGUUUAAAAAUCUCCAUGAAGGGAAGACCAAUCUAUCAUCCGGUUGAAUGUUUCUUACAACGAGAAAGGGCUUCCUGGCGUUUCACUGAAAUGUUAGAAACCAAGUUUGAACGUGUCUCUGUCUGGACACUGCAGCUAUUUCAGCACAGGCCAAAAAACUUUAUUUUAUCACUGCCAUGGAAGGAACUUAAGUGUCAUGAUUUUUAUUUUUGGUCUAAUGACAUGCUGAGCGUUUAUUCUCCAGUGAAGGACUUUUAAGUCCCUUACCAAGUCCAUUUAAUUGUACGCUUCAAGAUUUCAAGAAGCUAUUUUUCUGCUGUGGAUCAUAUCCAGAUCUCCAUGCUGCUGUAGGAUUUCCCUCAGGUGUGUCUUAAGUGGAUGUCUAUAUGUGUAAACAUAUAUAUAUUAUAUAUAUAUUGAAGAUCUAUGUAUAAAGUUGAUGUAUAAUAACAAGCUUGUUUGGA